AUGAGAUCAAGGACCCACAGAUCGAUCGUACCUAUGAACGAAAGGUCCAUCCCAUUCCUGUUCAAGCCCCCUACCCACAAUCGAGUUUUGACCGCUUUUUGGACACAUAUUAAAGACGGCUCGGUGGCCCCCAGCGGAGAUGAAUCACAACAAGGAUCCAAUCCCUUCUCUGGACAGGAAGACACAUUCGCCCCGAAUAUCAUCUAUCACAAUGAGGAUGAUCAGACUCUUUCCAACAGUCCCGCCUCGAGGCACACCUCAACCUCCUCCAUUCCCUUCUCUGGACAGGAAGACACAUCUAACCAAAAGUCACAACAUGCCUCCUAUCACAUGCCUGUCAUUCAUACUGGUAGCAUUCCCAGUACCCCUGUCAUUCAUACUGUUACCGUUCCCAGUACCCCUGUCAAUCAUACUGUUAUCGUCCCCAGUAUCCUUGUCUCUGCAGAUACUGAAGAACUGAACCAACUGGAACGGCUAAAACUCGCUAGAACUCUAUUACUUGACGAUCUAGCAUACCGUAGUCAUUGGUUUUCAUUCUCUGAUCGGUUUCGUCUCCCUCAUAGUUGGCGACAGACGAGUCAGCACGAUCAAGAAAUCCGAGAAGAUAUGUGGCGAUUAACAAGAUUCAUCACCGAGUUGGAGAAAGAUUCUCGUUGGCCUAAAAAAGGAAAGGAGCACCCGGUCGUUGAAUUAUGGAGUAACAUUGCUCACCUGUACAGGACUUUGCAACUACCAGAAGGGAAAGACAGGAAUUCUAUCCAUGAGUGUGCGAUGGAAAUCUUGUUAGAAGCAGGUAUUCGAGCUAGUGGGAGGAAUAAAUCGACAGAAAUGAAUCAUGAUUCAAUAAUGAGGUGUACGAAAACGGCCCAGACGUUGACUGAACAUACAAAACGUGCGAAAUUGGAACGUGACCUCGUUGCAUCUUUCUUUGUCUUGAUCAGUCUGGGUUUGGCUACAGCAGUGGUUCUGUUGAGCCAAAAUUCCUGUAGUGACUUGCCGGCUGGACUAGUUAUAGGCCAAUCACAACUACCUUGGAUCAUGUUACGAUCGUUAAUCAUAUCAAACCAAGCAGGUCCAUCUAAACUUCCUUACACUCCCCUAGGAAUCAUCCCAUCCAUCCCCAUCAAGACUCAUCUUGCCCCGAGAGCACCUUCAAGAUCGUACCCAUCUCGUCCCUUUUCAUCCUCGAGCGUGAUCAAAAAGACACACUACGAAGCACUUCGAUUACCUCGAAACGCUACGAAACAACAGAUCAAAUCUCAAUUUUAUGCGUUGAGUAAGAAACAUCAUCCUGACGCUCCUGGUGGAGACGCAUCUAAAUUUCACGAGAUCAACGACGCUUAUGCUACUUUAGGGGAUGAAGGUAGAAGAAAAUCAUACGAUACUUCUUUCCAACCCCAUUCUUCCCCUUCGAAUCAUUUACAUCCAUCACAUCUCUCACAUUCCCCAUUAUCACGUUCUUCAUCAGGUCCACAUAGAGCAUGGCAACGUCCUAAUCCAUCCGCUCGUUCCAAUUUCACCCCGAACGAUCAUCUAAACUCGCAUCCACAUACCUACCCUCGUCAACAUUACAACCCCAGUACAGUCUUUGGAAGGAGGAAAGAUACUGAAGCUGCUAGAACGACUCAUGAUCCUCCACAAGGGGGAGAAAGUAUGUUAUGGAGAAUCGGAUUAGUGGUGGGUUUGCUAAUGGCCGUCAUUUCUUUCGGGGGAGGUUUGACGGCUAGUGCGGAGGGAUUUGGAUCCGAGUUAGAUCGGUCCAAAGAGGAUGAUUGGGUGAAGAGGGAAAGAGACGAUGGGACUGGGCAGGAUCCAUAA